CACCUUGGCGUGUUUUGAUUGGCUAAAAGCUGGCACUUCCGUAAGCGUGGAAAGUCGACCGGUGUCAACAUGGCUGUCUCCAGUGGUCUCUCGUUCUUGAUGUCUACAGCAGUAACAAUCCUUAUAUUUGGGGGAAUGCAACUUUACAAGUCACAGCUUGCUUCAAAAGAGUGGAUGACCAUUCUGGGAGGAUUCAUAGGAUCAUGCCUCUUCAUCUUCUUGUUAACAGCAGUGAGUAACCUAGAAUCAACUCUCUUUGGAAGUGGAUUUCAGACCAAGCUAUUUCCAGAAGUGCUGUUCUGUUUAGCUGUAGCCAUGUUUGCCUCUGGUCUGGUCCACAGAGUAUGCAUUACAACAUGUUUCAUCUUUUCCUUGGUAGCCCUUUACUACAUAAACCGCAUUUCCCAAGGGCUUUAUGCACCACCAGUGCCUGUGGGGACAGCAGCUACACCAGGCAAGAAAAAGAGAAACUGAACCUUCAUCACAAUGUUGUAGUCCAUACUUCUAUAUGUAUCAACUACUUUAAAGUUAUUAGUUUGAGAAAGACCAUAGUGUGUGGCUAAUAUGAUAGACAGCAAAAGGAGUAAUGUUGAUUAAGGCGGAAUGGAAAAAAAAUUAGGUAGCAUGAACAGGAAUGAUGGCACUUACAUGGAUUGUGAAAUCUAAUCAUGGAAAUGAACUAGAAAAGCCUGUUUUCAUUAUAUUCUUGUAUAUGACAUCCCAGUAUAAGACAUAUUUGGAAUCGUUUUAAUAUUACAUUCCUUGCUGGUAAGAUUAUUCAACUAGACCAAAGGAGCUACUGAUGGCAAUAUUUUGCAAUGCAUUGCAGAAAGAAUUUCAGAAUUAAAAAUUAUUUCAGAAGAA